GGAGGAGUGAACGCCUCAGUCUGUUCUGACGGAGCUGAAGUACAGAAACCAUAUUUACAGGUACAUGUGACAGUGCUGCAGCUAUGAGUGGAAUUUUUAAGGGGAAGUUUGAAGAAAUCAACGGUUCUUUAACCUGUUCCUCUGUGCAGGAAUCAGGUGAUGAAGUUUUUAGCUGUGACAGUGCUGACAGUGUUGACAGUGUCAAUUCAUCCUCUUCGAACCAUUUCACUGGUACAUGUGACAGUGCUGCAGCUAUGAGUGGAAUUUUAAAGAGGAAGUUUGAAGAAGUUGACGGCUCUUCACCCUGCUCCUCUGUGCGGGAAUCAGAUGAUGAAGUCUCCAGCAGUGAAAGUGCUGACAGUGGGGACAGUGUCAAUCCAUCCACUUCUAAUCAUUUUCCCCCUUCCUCCAUCCUCAAAAGGGAGAAGCGCCUGAGGACCAAAAAUGUGCAUUUUAGUUGUGUCACUGUGUAUUACUUCACCAGAAGGCAAGGCUUCACGAGUGUGCCCAGUCAAGGAGGCAGUACCCUGGGCAUGUCCAGCCGACACAACAGUGUACGCCAGUAUACUCUGGGUGAAUUCGCCCGAGAGCAGGAGAGACUGCACCGGGAGAUGUUGAGAGAACACCUCCGAGAGGAAAAACUGAACUCUUUAAAACUAAAGAUGACUAAGAAUGGCACCGUGGAAUCUGAAGAAGCUAGCACUCUCACUGUGGAUGACAUUUCUGAUGAUGAUAUUGAUUUAGACAACACCGAGGUAGAUGAGUACUUCUUUCUGCAACCCCUGCCAACAAAAAAACGAAGAGCACUGCUGCGGGCCUCUGGCGUGAAAAAGAUUGAUGUGGAAGAGAAGCAUGAGCUUCGAGCCAUUCGCUUGUCGAGGGAGGACUGUGGAUGCGACUGCCGCGUGUUCUGUGAUCCAGAAACGUGUACCUGCAGUCUGGCAGGCAUUAAGUGUCAGGUGGAUCGAAUGUCUUUCCCAUGUGGCUGCACGAAAGAAGGAUGCAGUAACACAGCAGGUAGAAUUGAAUUUAAUCCCAUCCGUGUCCGGACUCACUUUUUGCACACCAUAAUGAAACUUGAACUGGAGAAAAACCGAGAGCAGCAAAUCCCCACGCUGAAUGGCUGCCAUGGGGAGCUCAGUGCUCACAGUAGUUCCAUGGGCCCAGUAGCUCACUCGGUAGAAUAUUCCAUCACAGACAAUUUUGAGAUUGAAACGGAACCCCAGGCUGCAGUGCUGCACCUGCAGUCCGCUGAGGAAUUAGAUUGCCCGGGAGAGGAGGAGGAGGAAGAGGAAGAGGAGGAGGAAGAAGAUGGGAGCAGCUUCUGCAGUGGAGUCACCGAUUCUAGCACACAAAGCUUGGCACCAAGUGAGUCAGAUGAGGAGGAGGAGGAGGAAGAGGAAGAAGAGGAGGAGGAUGAAGAUGAUGAAAAAGGGGACAGCUUCGUGGAAGGCUUGGGUACUCAUGCUGAAGUUGUUCCUCUUCCCUCUGUCCUCUGUUAUUCUGAUGGCACUGCCAUUCAUGAAAGUCACCCGAAAAAUGCUUCUUUUUAUGCCAAUUCUUCAACUCUGUAUUACCAAAUAGACAGCCACCUUCCAGGAACACCGAGCCAGAUCUCGGAGAACUACUCUGAAAGAGAAACGAUCAAAAAUGGUACCCUCUCGUUGGUGCCUUACACCAUGACCCCAGAACAGUUUGUGGACUACGCCCGACAAGCAGAAGAGGCUUAUGGCACCUCCCACUACCCAGCUGCCAAUCCCUCUGUUAUCGUUUGCUGUUCCUCUGCAGAGAAUGACAGUGGGAUGCCCUGCAACAGUUUAUAUCCCGAACACAGGUCCAGCCAUCCCCAAGUGGAAUUUCACUCCUACUUGAAAGGCCCCUCUCCUGAAGGAUUCGUGUCUACUUUGAAUGGUGACAGCCACAUUUCAGAGCACCCUGCUGAAAAUCCCCUGAGCCUUGCAGAAAAGAGCAGAUUGCACGAGGAGUGCAUCAAAUCACCUGUGGUUGAGACUGUCCCAGUGUAGUAGCUUCAGUUAUUUUAGGACCAACUGACUCUUUUCUUGUGUAAAGCACUGUAUCUCGUUGGAUUUCUGGGCUCAUCCUUGUUUAAACCGAGGACCAAAAAAACUUUGACUGUGGUAAAUCUUCCAGACUGUAUUCUGCUCUCCUCCAUUCUAGCUCUAUGACUGUGGCGUUGCACAAAUACAGUCUUUAUGAGGAUUUUAAAAUAUUUCAGACAGUUUUGAUAGAAAAUGCUAAUUUAAAAAAAAGCAUAUCUCACAGUUGCCUACCUGUCAAACUGUGCGAAACCUGCCAAGCUAUGUAGAUCAGACCUCCAAGUUUUGGAUUAUCGGGCCUGUGCAAGAUAGUUAACCAAGAGUGGGAAAUAAUAAGAUUUAGAGUCCUAAUUUUCGAUAUAUCUGAAGAUGAUGGUGACUUUUUAAUGUCAAAGUAAUUAUUGUAAGAAAAAAAGAUUUAAUAGUUCCAUGUGUAUUUUAUUUAUGGUAGUUAGAAGCUAUGUUUUGAUGAAAAUGAACAGCAGCAUGUUCUUUUAAGCUGAAGAUGCAUAGUUAGUACCACCGAGCAUGCCACAUGGAUUGCACCUGGAAUCCAUUCACAUUUUUAUGAUCAUGACUGAUCAGAUUUGCAAAUACUUUCUUAAGGGUGAAAUAGGCCUAUUUUUGCUAUUUUGGACAAAUAAAUGAGUCUCUAUGUGCAGGUCCUUAAACAGUUUUCUCUAAAGUUAAGAGUUAGGACAAUCCUGCAGUGAGGGUCUAGUUCAUUACCCUCCCUCAAUUGACUCCAGAGAUGGAGGCAGACGGAAUUGCCUUUCUUUUUUAAACAGCAUCAUCCUGGUUCUUAGCUUGGACAGCACCUUUAAACUCUACUCCCCUCUGUCAAAAUGCACUUUAGUGCCCCUUCAUGGUACCUGGUGAGGGGUGGGGACUGAGAACUCUUUGAGAUGAAAAAAUUUUCAAAAAAAAAAAGGUUUUUUAAUCAGUAUCUAUUAUAAGGUUCUUAUAAUUAACAUAAAGGAAUCAUCCGGUGAUACUUUAUGAAGGAAAAAUGACCUAUUUUCUUUCGCCACUCUGAAGACCUAACUCAAUAGAAACAGAGGAGGCUGAGGAAACAUGGAAGGAACACCUCAGCAACCAGCCUUUUCUACAGCGUGAUCAAUCUAUCUCUGCAAAAUGAGUGAGAAUGAGAUUUCCAUUUAGUGACUAGCUGAUUGAAGCGAGGCCUCUACCCAGAUACUCUACUAGGCCUUACUUUUCUGAAGCAUUUUGAUUUCACUUGUACGGACAAUUAGCCAAACAGUCCAGAAUGCAUUGAAUACUUUCUAAUUACCUCAUGUGCCCUUAUUAAAAGGGACAGAUAGAAACAAACCCUGCACUCCCCACCUUUAGGUUAUCUGCACUUGAUUCAUGGGAGGACUUCUAAAAUUCUGUUUUCUUGUAAAUUACUUUAGGUAACUAAAUAGGGUUCUGCCUUUUUUUUUAAUGCAAUAUGACAAUGCUAAAUCCAUUUUACAUUUUUAACCUUCUGUUGGUAUAUCAUUUUAUAUUUUAUGCCUCUUUGAAAUAUGGACAUGCCUUGCUAUUCAGUGACUGCAUUGCUACUUUCUUUUUAGGUCUUUUGAGAUCUGGAUGUUUAGAAAUGUAGAUUUGAAAAUACACUGUAGGUCUCAAUUCCUUUUUUAAAAAUCCUUAUUUAGUUAAAUUUACAAAUGUUUGGUCUAAGGAAAGUCCUCCAAUAGAAAAGUUUCUACUAACACUUGAUUUGGGGAAAAUAUGUUUACUUGGCAGCUCUUUCACUGUGCAGUUGGUUCCUGCCUGCAAUCAGCCCCCAGCUCCGGGGCAAAUUUAGGACCAUAUUGACAUUAAAGAAACUUUGGGUUUGUCCUUAGGGUUAUAGCAGUAUUGAGGUCAUGGAAGUUCCUUUUGAAGAAAUCUUUUGUGGUUAUCAGACUGGGGUUUACUCAAAUCUUGGUAACAUAUCCCUGGGCAUCUAUGAAGGUGCAGGUUUCAGUUCUUGACCUCCCAAAUAUUUUCUAGUACUGAUGUGAUCUAAAGAGCCCAAAGAGAAAAUGACAAGUUUUCUGUCCCUUCAUUGAAAUAAAUGAAGAAGCGGGUGUGCUGUAUUUUCUGGUCCAUUAUAAGCCCUUCAAGUUUCUCUGUGUGAAGCACUCAGGGCUUAUUCUUGGAACAGAGAGUGUGAAAAAGUGGAUACCAUGAGUCUGACUGCAGCAACAUUAAAAGAGUGAUAGUUCAGUUUAGAAAGGAUGGAUAGUUAUAAAUUCAGCUUUAUUUUCACAAGAAGGUUUGAUGCUUAUAUAUUUAUGUUGAGCUGGAUCUCUGUUUUAUUGUUUACAUCCAAAAGGAUGCUUUACCUAGAAAUAGGCAAACAAAACAAAAUCAAACAAACAAAAAAAGUCUUUUGUUCUCUGUCCAGUUGGGACUGAAAAUCACUGCUAUGCAGAAUAAAUCUUCCAACCAUGACAGCUCCAUUCUGAACUUUCAUAUAUCUAACCUAACUCCUAAUCAUGUCCCACAAAAUUAGUACACAGAAUACCUAUCAAAACAUCCCCCCUCUCAGACAUACACGAAAUACAGUGCACACUAGAGAAUGGCAGGUGAUAGGCAAUGAUCAGUAUUAAGUACUACAACUUUUCCACCCAAGAAUCUGGUUGGAUUUUAUAAUCCAAAACUGUGACUAGAAAAAUGAAAAAAAAAUUAAACUACAAUUUGAAAAUAUUUGGGCAGAGUUACAAAUAAUGCUAAUGGUGGAAUUACUUUAUUGUUACUUCCUUUCACAGAAGAGCUGAGAAAGCACAGUGUUCCAUCGAUUUUUAUUUUCCAUUAAUAACCCUACUAUUCAACAGAAAUUGCCCACAUGCCAGGAAAGCACUAUAGUUUUUCUAAGCUUUUUAAAAUGGAGAUCAAGCUGGAUGCAGCCAAUUGGGAUACUUAAGAUCUCUAUAGCAAGACACAAUAACCUGACCUGCAGCUGUUGUGUUGCUCCCAUAGUAUAUCUGACCAAAUUAGUCCUUUUUGAUAUAGCUUUUUAGUCAUUUACUGUCAAUGGCAAAGCCUCCCCCUCUGCUCCCUGUUGUCUCAGCACCACCCUGCACCUUUCACUGGAAUUUAAUUCCCAGUGAUAAUCCCAGCCAAAUUGAUUUGCAAGUCAAGUGAUGAGAGCAGCUUGCAUCUUCUUUGUCAUUCCAGAUCUCCUCUGAGAAAAAGAAGUCAAUGAAAGAGGUUUACUUAAGUUGGUUCUUCCAUCUCUUGAUCAUUGAUUAUUAAGACAUAAAUGAAAUCUGGUGGUCCCAUGUCUUUGAGUUAAUUAAAUAUUGUAGUUAUUUUUUGAACAUCAUUCUUUUUUUUUUGUGAUGAAGCUAUAUUUUCCCAGUAUGCCAGACACAUGGAAAACAUAAAAGUAAUAAUUAUUAGUGAUAAAAUCUUUAUAAUAUUCUCUGCCCAGCAAUUCUUACCUUAAAAAAAUUAAUUACAGGGGCUGGAGCAAUAGCACAGUGCGUAGGGCGUUUGCCUUGCACUCAGCCAACGUGGGUUCAAUUCCCAGCAUCCCAUAUGGUUCCCCGAGAACUGCCAGGAGUAAUUCCUGAGUGUACAGCCAGGAGUAACCCCUGUGCAUCUCUGGGUGUGAGCCAAAAAGCAAAUAAGUAAAUAAAUAAGUUACAAGAAACUCUUCCAUAAAUAAAUCAAGAUGCAGGGAAGAUUACAUUAAGUGAUUAUGACCUUUGAAUUUUUAUACUGUGGUCUAACAAAUGACUUCUAGGCAAAAUUUUUAUUUGGUUAUCCCUAAACAGUGAAAUAUAUCAUGGUUUAUUUUUUAUAAAUUGGUGUCUCUGAUCCUUUAUCUUUCUGAUAUUAUAAUCCAUUGGUCUUGACAGAAUUUUUUGUUUCCAAUUUUUUCAAUAUAGAUAUUUACCUAGUAUGUUAAAGGAAGUGCCCUGGGUUAUAUAAAGAAGGGAGGUUGGGCACUGCAAAUUCCUAGUGAAGGUGAUGAUGAUGAAAAGUGGUGUGGAUUAUUCAGCCAGACAUCUGGUUGUGAGUUUGUAAAGUGGUAUUAGAAAAAGUGACACUAAUUCUUGUCUAAUAAUAGAAAAGCUGCCACUAGAAGGACUUCCUUUUCCUAAAUUAAUGGAACUCAUAAGAACCUCCUUCCUCUCCUUAUAUCUAAAUUCAUCAAUUUAAUCUAGACUGGGUUAGAAUGAUCAAAUGAGAAAUGGAGACUCUUACUAAUUGCUUCCUCCGUAUUAAAUGUAUAAAAACAAUGCUAAACUUAUAUCAGGGCCAGAGCGUUGGAACAGCAGAUAGGGCACUUGUCUUUCAAGAAGCUGAACUAGAUUCUAUUCCCUGUACCCUAUAUGAACCUCUGAGCCUUGCCAGAUGUAAUUCCUGAGUGCAGAGCUAGGAGUAAACCCUGAGCACCACUGAGUAUGACCCCAAAAAACAAAAACUAAAAUUAAAAUUAUAUCAGUAAAUCACUACCAGAUAAUAUCAACAGUGGGUUCGACUCAUAUAUAACCCAGGGAAUAUGUCAGGAAUCCUCUCAAACAACAAUGUGGAAUAUGAUCUUUCUGGCUUCUAUUUAUAAAUAGGGUAUCAAGAUAGAAGAAUCUUCAUUUUAGGUUCCAAGUGUACAGUCUUCCUUGCAGCAGGUGGAAAAUAGGACCUCCUGCUCUCUCUCUUUCAACUAGAGUUACAAACCAUGGAAUUAGCAGGUGAAAUCCUCAGUCAUCCAGAGGCUGCCAUUUUAGAGGAUGUCAAAAAGACUUUCUGUUUAUCUUACUUUGACAUAAUCUUCUCAUUUAAAUGGAUCUGUUCCUGAUAAAUCUCACCAAGCAUUCCGUGUGACUAUUAUGAUGAGUGUAUAAAAUGCCAGCUAUGAAGAGGAAGCACUUGUGCUUUUAAAAGCAAGACUUGACUCUUUUUACAAUUAGAAUAAUCUGUUGAACUAUCUUUAACAGAAUCAACACCACACAUUGAAUGUCUUAAUCAUUUCUAGUUUAACACAAAUUCGCAACUCUCGAUACGUUACUCCAAGAUCUGUUAGCUUGUGCUCAAGUAACUUAGAUGUCUAAGGUGAAUACCAACCAGUUUUACAUAGACACUGUAUCAGAUGCUUUCUGUAGCACUGAAAGAUUUAACUGAAUUGACUGAAUAUUGAGAUUUCAGAAAUUCAAUGGGAUUUUAGAAGAAUCAGAGAGGACUGAGGAUGAAAAUCUUAAAAAGUGAUGUGGUUUCUAAGAGCCAGAAAAUUUUAGCAGACCUGGAAACUAGAAUUGUGCUAUUUUAUAAAAACUAAGUUCAGAAACUGACCACCUGAAUUCUGAAAGGACUGUUAGACUGUGAAGACUUUUUUUUUUUUUGGUUUUUGGGUCACACCCGGCGAUGCACAGGGGUUACUCCUGGCUCAUGCACUCAGGAAUUACUCUUGGCGGUGCUUGAGGGACCAUACGGGAUGCUGGGAUUCGAACCCGGGUUGGCCGCGUGCAAGGCAAACGCCCUACCCGCUGUGCUAUCGCUCCAGCCCCAACUGCGGAGACUCUUAUGGAUCAGUUGGUAUUCACAUUUGCUCACCACCCCACACAUCAAUCUCAUUUUACUGUUUAAAAAUCAUUUGAAGCUCUAAAAAAUAAAAGUAGCUAUAAUGUGUUACAAAGUAUUUUUAAGAUUUAAUAACAUUUUAUGCUAAAAUGAUUGAUUAUUGUCAAAAGUAGCAAACAUGGAAAUUAAAAAAUUGCUUAAUAGUUUACCCACAAAUAUUUAUAUUUAGACUGAUCUUUAAACCAAUCAUUUCUAAUUUUUAUUUCAACUCCUUUCAGAGAUAUGUUUAAGAGACUUAUUUCCUAACCAAUGCAGGUAUUUUGUUUGUUUUGUUUUUCAUAUCAAAAAUUUGAACUCAAAAUAUAGCUGUGAAUUGGAUUUUGCUGGAAAUCAGGCUGACCAUAAUCAAACUACAUUCUGUCUGGGUAGAAAAUAUCUACAUAUCCUGACAGUGGCCAUUGACAGAUACUAGAAAUCUACAUAUGUAUGUAGAUUCAAAGUCUAAACCAACUCAAUUUUAUAUGCAAUUUUUAAUCUAACAGACCUAGAAUAGUCUGCAAUUUCACUGCACGCAAAUACUUGUUACAUUUCUGAGAAAUGAAGUAACUUUAAAGAUUUAAGUCACAUGAUUGAGUACUUUCACUUGUGACAGAUAUAGCACACAAUAAAUCGAUUUUUAUUUAAUAUUUUAUAGAUGUUUCUAAUUUAAGAAAAGUCAGCUCUAGUGUUUCAUUUCAUCUCAUGAAAGUUUAUAACAUAAAUAAAGCUUCAAAGGAAUAUAAUAGAAUUCACUUGGAGAAUAUUUAUAUCCAACAUGCUAAUGACGUUAUUCUUUCCUUUUCAAGAUUCAUUACCGUGGCAAGAGUCAAGUCACUUCACUAACUCACUAUAGUGACAUAUGUGAGACCAUUUAAAUAUUAAGAUAAUGUAUAUUGAUUAGAAGAACUUAGAAGAGUAUAAAUUUAUGGUCAAAAUUAGCCUUGCCUUUGUCUAAAUGAAUUUCUGUGACCCAAUUGAAUGGUUUUAGUUGUAAUUUUGAAAUAGAUAAUUUUGUUGGGUAUUUCUUUUCUUUUCUUUUUGAGGGAGGGAGCAGGACAGAGAUACCCAGUGUUACUCAGGAGCCCUUUUGGGCUCUGAUCCAAAGUGACCAGAGAUCAUAUGCAGUGCUGGGGAUCAAAACCAUAGUCAGCACCAGAUAAAACAAGCACCUUACCUCCUAUACUAUAUCUCUGAUUCUCUUUUUUUCUUUUUCUUUUGACUCCUUCCCACUAUUUGCAUCUGAUGUGGUUGUAUUUUAUUAGUUUGAAGGGAACUUGGUUUAGAAAAAAGGAUCUUCUUAAAAUGUACCCAUGAGUUUCUAUCAUCAAAUAUCAGUAUAAAGUGUAACUGCUAUGCUGGGUAAGACCAAAAAUCUCCCAGUGAGUGUAUGGUCUCAUUAUCAGGUCUUGCUUUUUUCCUUAUAUAAGAAAUCUACUAAAAAUGGAAUGGAAUUUUCUAAUGUUGUAGCUUAAUUUAUCCAAUUUUGUUUUACCUCCUUUUUAUGUUAGCCACCAAGUUUUUCUCCUUCAUAAUGAAGAAAGCUACCCAUCUUUACAACUACAACUUUGUUGUUUUGAAAUUAUACUUAAAUAUAAAAAAGGAAGAAAUUAAACAAAAUUUAAAUAUGUCUUCCUCUAAAAUGGAAAAAGCCUAAAUACUUAACCUUAGUAAAUAAGUACCUAAGAUUAGUUUUGUCUUGUUUUUUUUUUUUAAAUUUAGCAUUGAUUCUUAGAUGGUUUAAUGAAAGGAGACCUGAACUUGAUAAAUUUGAAAUCUCAAUAAUUGGCCAUCAGUCAUUUUCUUUGUACUACAGUCAAGUAAGGUCAGCUUCAAAAGUUACUGUCUGAAUGUCAAUUUAUUAAAAACUAAUUAUGCCAAAUGGGUAUCUCAGAACACUACUUUUUCCCAGAGAUACAAUGUCCAACUGUAUAUGAGUAAAGGAAAGUUUAAGAUUAUUCAAUAUUCUUCUAAUGUUGUGGUCCUGAGACUGUAAGAGAUCUCCAGAGAUCAUCUGCCUCAUCCAUCUACCUCUCAAGAAGACGGUCAUGCAGACAUGCCCAACAGAAUAGAGACCCACUUAUUCAUAACACCACUUCUAAGAAAAGUGAUUUCAUGGCAACACAAAUCUAGUUCUCUUAGGUUUUCCUCACAAUAAAAAAAUUUCUUGGCCUGCUUUUGUGGGCCAGGCAUCCUGGAAACAACUGGGUGAUUUGGUCCAUUGUAUUGAGAAACUCGGUGGAAAGUUUCUCAAAGUUAUAUUCACAAGUCUCCUAAGAAAUCAGAUUUUUAAACAAAGAUAUAGACAACAGUCAAUCACAUGGCUUACUUCUGACAAAUAUGGCUCUUUCUAAAUUUUUAUUUACUAAUGAUUCCUGUGAGACCAGGAGGUAAUGUCAGGAAAAGUAACUGUGUCUGAUCCCUUAUGACAAACAUCAGAAAUCAGAUCAAGUAACUAUUCCAUUUUCUAAGAAAUUUCUAUUAUAAAAAGUGAGCAUAGUUUGCCUUCUUGCUUUGAAAUACCUUUUCACUAAUCUGUUUUGACCCUCCAAUGACAAAUGAAGGUCUCAAGUUUAUCUAUUCCUUCUAGGGCAAAUACUUGUGGUUGUGGAGAGUCUGAUGUGGAAUAAAAUGACUGGGGAAUGACUCAGUCACCAAUUGAUGUCAGCCUUUGUCCCCAUGGCCGCUUCUCAGGGAAGCGCUGAUGCCUUCUCAGGGAUCAGUAAAUGACUUUGAAAUUUGUCAUCUUGACAAAACCGGAAAAGGAAGCGAAGAGUUGGGAAAGGUGGUUUCUUUCUGAUCAGAUCCCAUGACCAAGCACCCCUACAGCUUUCAGAGUGAUUUCUGUUUACUCAGAGUUGCUUGCAACUCAGACAGAACUAACCGGAAGAUGAGGAGGAGCACCCCUGAAAUUUCCUUUCCCCAUGGGAUUUUUUUCAAUCUAUAUACAACUGCUUAUCUCUCCAACAUGGAUCUCUUGUGAAAUGACAGCCACACCACUGUGGUUGCUCUAUACAAAUAACUAGGGGACAUAGCCCCUUUUGCUUUUUUUUUUUUAAGGAAGCUAUAAAAUGCUUAUGUAAAGGGUAUUGAACAAUUCGGCCCAUGUUUAAUUGACUCUAGGCACCUCUAUGGAAAUAUGUCUGAGGCGUAGUUUGUGAAACAUGUUUCAAAAGUGUUUGAUGUAAAAUAAACGCUAGACAUUUACAGUACAGAAAUAGUUUUAAAAAUUAAAAACCUGUAGGUUACAACUCUGUUUCUAAGAACCUCAGCAUUUAUUGUGUCUUAGUACAGUUGAUCUGCUUUUAUUUUAGUUUCUUGCAUUUCUGGUGUAAUAGCCUCUUAAGAUAGAACUAUUAAUACAUAUGUACUGGUUAAUGCCUGUUAAUGCAGAAAAUGGCACUUUGUAAUUUCAAUGUGUUUCCCUCAAUGUCACAGGGUAUAUCAAUUUGAUAGGAAAAGGUCACAUGAUAUCAGUCAAAAAUGCAUUGUUCCCAUUUAAAACAUAUCUGUUGAAUUGGUCACAAAGACAAAUGUCAUCUUUUGCAGUGUUUUGGGUUUUUUGUUUGUUUGUUUGUUUAAAUCAGAAUGUUAGAUUUCACCUAUGUCUCCACUUUCCAGCUGCCAUAGAAAUUUAGUACUUUUUGCAAAUUCUGGUGAAAUCUAGUGAGCUGAAUGUAAUGAUUCAUCAAAUGAUCCAAAGGACUUGGGUAUUAUCCUGUAGUCUAUUUUAAACCAUUCAGAGAUUGCGAAUGGUCUUUAUACAAGGGUAGUCUUUUGAGAGCAUUUGUUACUUUCUUUUGUUACUUGUCUUUUUUAAAUUUUUAUUUUUUGCUGGCAAAAAAAAGUUGGGAGGUAAUUAAAAGAAGUUGGUGAGGAAACUCACUAUGAAUUUUUUUAUACUGUGGCUUGUUUUGUCUUUUAAUUAAUGUUUGUUGUUAAUUUUACUUGGUUUCAGCAUUAUUUUGAUGUUUUUUUUUUUACUGUUAUGUUCAGUCCAAUCUCUUUGAAAGGUUGAAAGGGAAGAAAAUAAAACUACAGUUCAUACAUACAAUCACUUUACACUAAGACGUCAUGUUGUAUGUCAGUUUUUAUAUUGGUUUCUCUUGUGUAUAAGUUAUAACAUCAAGAAUGCCAAAGGGUAUAAAAUAAGCUACAUAAUAUUCAAUAGAACUUAACCUGGACUUUAUGUUGUAAUAAUUUAUUCAUAUUAGUUGUAGUCUACUGUAUUUAUACUUUCAGUAUUUAUUAUGAAUGACAUGGAAAUUUGUGUAUUUAUUGUGGCUUUUUAUUGCAGUGUGUAUAUAUAUAAAUGACAAAUAAGCAUUUUUAAGUCUUAUCCUUAAGUUUCUUUUAUUAGUGGCACUUGUAUUAUGCUGUACUUUUUAUUAAAUAUUGUACAAUAUCUUGUCCAUUUGUUUGCAGCAGAGUAAAACCGGUUUCUAAAUUGUA